AUGUCUUCAUACCUCAUCACGGGCGCCAGCCGUGGCCUUGGAUUCCAAUUCCUUCGGGAACUCGCUGGAAACCCAGAAAACACGGUCAUCGGCCUCGUUCGCAACAAGGCUGCCGCUGAGGCAAAAGUCAAGGAAGAGGGACUUGUCGGGGUCCAUAUUGUCGAGGCCCAAUACACCGACUUGGCAUCCCUGAAGCAAGCCGCCGAAGCUGUCAAAGAGAUCACCGGUGGUGGUCUUGACUACUUGGUGCACAACGCUGCCAUCGUUUCCCAGCUCACCGAAUACAAAACCUUGGGCGACUUUGACGACGAUUUUGAGACCUUGGAGAAGGAUCUCCGAGAGUCACUGGAUGUCAAUCUUAUCGGCUAUAUCAAGGCAGUACAGGCUUUCAUCCCCCUCAUUCGCAACGGCAAGGACAAGAAGGUCAUCGCUCUCUCCAGUGGCGUGGCCGAUAUCGACCUGAUUAACUCGAUCGACCUCGCUUUCGCCGCCCCAUACUCUAUCAGCAAAGGCGCUCUCAAUGUCGCCGUUGCCAAGUACAGCGCUCUGUACAAGGAACAGGGCAUUCUGUUCAUCGCUAUUAGCCCUGGAUUCGUCAUGACCGAACGAAACACUAUCGCGCCUUCACCUGAGGAUGCCGGCAAAGAUGGCAUUCUGGUGGGCAAGUUCAGCAAGUAUGCGCCGCACUUUACUCGCCCUCUGACCCCCGAGGAGUCUGUCGCUGCAGUUCUUUCCGUCUCUCAGAAUGCCUCAAUAGCCAAGGGGGAUGGCGGUGCCUUUAUCUCGCAUCUAGGAAACAAGCAAUGGCUGUAG